UAUAAAAUCACAUGACCGUUAAGACUCAUCCCUAGUACUUUUGGCGCCAUGAAAUGAAUCACUCUCUCUUACGGCUCCUCAACAAAGCCAAAUCUUUUCAAUCCUUAACAUCUAUCCACGCCCGUCUCCUAGUCGAUGGCUCUAUUGCCUCAUCAGACCUCGUGCUCAACAAGUUUCUCAGACUCUACGCACGUUUUGAUUCUAUCCAAUACGCUCAGAAGUUGUUCGAUAAAAUUCCUCAACCAAAUGCAUUUCUUUGGACGGCUUUGAUUCAUGGGUAUGUUGACAAUCGAAACUACACGGAGGCUUUGUCUUUGUUUUCAAAGAUGUGUAAAAACUCUAUUUUUCCCUUGAAUUUUACCUUGGCUUCGGUUCUCAAGAGUUUGGCCAGGUUGAUGAGGGUUAAAGAAGGGGAAGCGGUUUACUGUUUGGGGUUAAAAUGUGGGCUUAGUUUUGAUUUGAUAGUGCAAAAUGCGGUGAUUGAUUUACUCAUGAGAUGUGGGGAAGUUGAUUUGGCAAGAAGGGUAUUCAAUGAAAUGGAGGGAAAAGAUUUGGUUUCUUGGAAUUCAAUGAUUUCGGGAUAUGGGAGUAAUGGUAGAGUGGAUCUUGCACGGGAGUUAUUUGAUGAGAUGUCAGAAAGGAAUGUGAUUUCUUGGACAAGUAUGAUUCAAGGAUAUGUUAAGGCUGGGGAUAUGGAAGAGGCUAGGGUUCUUUUUGAUAGAAUGACUACCAAAGACUUAGCAUCAUGGAAUGUCAUGGUUUCUGGAUAUAUAGAUGUUGGUGAUCUUGAUUCAGCUCUGUCUGUUUUUGAUGCCAUGCCUGUUCGAGAUGCUGGGACUUGGAAUCUGAUGAUUGCUGGGUAUUGUAAAGCAGGGGAGAUGGAAAUUGCAAGAGAUUUUUUUGAUAAAAUGCAAGGUAAAAAUGUUGCAUCAUGGACCAUAAUGAUAGAUGGCUAUGUUAGGGCAGGGGAUGUCAGUAGUGGAAGAUGUUUGUUUGAUCAGAUGCCUGAGAAGAAUCUGGUCUCUUGGUCUACCAUGAUUGGGGGCUAUGCUAGAAAUGGGAGGCCCUGUGAUAGUUUGGAAUUGUAUGAACAGUUUAAAAAACAAGGUAUUAAGCCUGAUGAAACAUUCGUGUUAGGAGUCAUUUCAGCUUGCUCACAGUUAGGAAUUUUGGAUGCAGCUGAAUCAAUCAUUCAUGACUUUACAGGACCACCACUCUUUUCUAGUUUGCGAAUUGUCACUAGUUUAAUUGACAUGUAUGCAAAAUGUGGAAACAUUGACAGGGCUUUGCAAGUUUUUAAUAUGGCUUAUCAAAAAGAUUUGCUUUGCUACAGCACAAUGAUCACAGCCUUUGCAAAUCAUGGCAUGGCUCAAGACGCCAUUUCUUUGUUUGAGGAGAUGCAAAGGACAAAUAUAACACCAGAUGGAGUUGCAUUUCUUGGGGUUUUGACUGCUUGUAACCAUGGGGGAUUUGUUAGUGAGGGCAGGAGGUACUUUAAACAAUUGCUAGAAGAAUAUAGAAUUCAACCUUCAGAAAAACACUAUGCGUGUAUUGUUGACCUUCUUGGUCGAGCUGGGUGCCUUGAAGAGGCGUACGACCUUGUAAGAAACUUGCCAAUAUUACCUAGUGCAGUUGUUUGGGGAGCUUUGCUUGCUGCUUGUAGGGUCCAUUGCAAUGUACAAUUAGCUGAAAUUGCCGCAGAUGAGUUAUUUAGGAUUGAGCCAGAUAAUUCUGGUAACUAUAUUCUCUUGUCUAAUAUUUAUGCUGCUGCCAGAAGGUGGGAUGGUGUUUCUAGAAUAAGAGCAAUGAUUAGGAAGAAUCAAGUUAGGAAGAAUAGAGCUUCUAGCUGGAUUGAGUUGGGGUCUGUUGUCCAUGAAUUUGUCACAGGAGAUGCUUUGCAUUUUGAUGCUGAAAGAAUAUACUUCACCUUAUAUUUGAUCAAUGCAGAGAUGAAACUUUUGGGACUUGUAAGAGAUUCAGAAAAGGAAGAAGUAUUGCCACACCAUGCUUUUUGGCUUUCUGAUGUGUACUGGUAUAACAUUGUGGAAGAUGGCUAGUCAAAAGUAUUCGUAAGAAAAAAGAUUCAGUCUUUUGGAAAAAGACCACCCUUUUUGGUUAGUAUUGGACAAUGUAACUGCUCCAUCAGCUUUUUUCCACCCUGUGAAAAUCUAAUUCAUUGUUCACAUUUUUAUUUGGUUAUACAAAUCAGAACGGAAAUAGUUCAGGAUAACAUGAUUACUUCACUCUUUUUCUUAGGUGGAUGAACCUACUAUUCAAGCAACCAGGAGCCAAGGAAACACAGUUCAGGGAUCCACCAGUAAGCUUUAUGAUAUCUCUUGGCAAUUUUGUAUCUGCAUGGAAUUUUUUCACAAUUUUGCUACCAAUUUGUAAUUCCAACUUGUAACUUUCUGAGGCAAAUCACCGUAAAUGUGUGGCUAAGAUGCAAGUGCCACUUAUUUUUGUCCCAAAGGUUCAUAUCUAGAGGGAAAAUUUUCUGGAUCUGGUGUUCUGCAAUUUUGACUAUUAUUAUCCUAAAUGAGUAGAUUGUAAGGAAAAGGUGUUAGUAUGUAGCGAUAAAGAGAAACUGGUUUAUGGAACAUAAAAUAAAAAAAAUAAAAAAAAAAGGAGAG